GGAUGUUUUCUCAGCGGUGGUAUUCGUGUUAUUUUGCGGCAUUUGGCUAGCUGUUCAAAGUCCAGAAUGGCCCAACAACUUUCACUUUAAAGCCAUCCAAAUGACCUCGUUCGAGUCAGUUUAAUUGUUACUGAUCGCAGCCAUUAAUGUUCCACUGUUGAGCCCAUGUUUGAGGCAGAACAGUAGUUUGUUUAGGUGCACCAUGGUCCACACUACGGUGUGGCUAGGGUGGCUAGAAUGGUGUGGCCCACACUAAAACUCCCAGAAAGGUUAUCUUAAAUGCUUAAAACAUAUCAGCGAUAGGCUCAGCUACACGCCUACACAUUUUUACAUUAGCUCAUCAUCAUCAUUAUUUUGUGCAAUUUUUUUCUUUUUUUUUUCAGCAGCUACCUGCAUCAUUUGCGGCAGGUUGUAACUUGUAACCUCAAGGUCGGGUUUUGCCGUGCGUACAGCUCUUCCAGCCUGCCUCGAAACUGCGGCCACUGCGGCUUUGUUGAUAGCCAGCUUGGUGGCGGCUAAUUACGCCGUUGUUAUUGCUUUUGAAGUGCUUUACGAGAGAGAGAGAGAGAACUUAAUUUUGAAGUACUUUACAAGGUCGUAUAUGAUGCGGGCAGUUGCAUAGAAUGCGAUUACCCCGACUUCCGUUCAAGCAGCUGCUGAGAGCAUUUCAGAAGCGAUCGGACCAACCGUUGAACAUGACGUCCGUGCAACUCGCAGUGCGUGCGUCUUUUCAGAUAUGCGCAAGCCGUACGAGUCUGGGACGCUCCUAGAAAAGGACCUGCCCUCUCGAGAUCCAAUUAAGCUGUUCGAGACAUGGUUUAACGAAGUUAAGGAUGCUGGUUUCAUGUUCGAACCGAACGCCGUCACACUUGCUACAAGUACUAAGUCGGGCAUCCCUUCAUCACGAAUGGUUCUCUUGAAAGGGUUUGGACAAGACGGCUUCGUAUUCUUUACAAACUAUGAAAGCCGCAAGGGAAAGGAGCUGGAAGAAAAUCCAAAUGCUUGUCUGCUGUUUUACUGGGACAGACAAAACCGGCAGGUUCGUGUAGAAGGCACAGUUGAGAAGGUGUCCAAAGAGGUGUCCGAACAAUACUUCCACAGAAGACCACGUAUCUCGCAGCUGGCUGCUGCUGCAUCCACACAAAGUGAACCUAUGGAAUCGCGAGCUGUUCUUGAAGCAAAGAUGAAAGCAUUGGAGGAGGAGUACAAGGAUGCUAGCAAGGAAGUUCCAAAGCCAUCUUUUUGGGGAGGUUACUGCCUGUCCCCAUCACGCAUGGAAUUCUGGCAGGGACACUCCUCUCGUCUGCACGAUCGCAUCGUCUUUCGAAAGGGUGACCCUUCUGGCGUGGCGCAGCCAGCCGCACCUGGCUGGGUCAUGGAGAGGUUGUAUCCCUGAGCUCCUUUGACCUCAUUUGUGAACCCAUUUUGCCCAACUUUGCUGUCCGCAAUUUCUUCCCUUAUUCUUCACUACAUUUGUGUUCUGUCAUACUGGUCGUUGCUGGCACAGUUUGUCGCAAAGAUCGGCAUAAGUGGUAUGGCUGUAAGUUUUACUAAUCA